AUGACUUUAAACUACCACCGCGUCAUCUCAAACUCGAAACCGUGGACAUUUCUGAGGCUACUUUUCACAUGGAAAGCAAGUAUCUGGAAGGCAAUAUAUUUGGAGUUACUAUGUUUCCUCAUCGUUUAUGGCGCACUUGCAGCUGUCUAUCGAUAUGUGCUUGAUUCCGAUCAACAAAAGAUCUUCGAAGGAAUCGUUCGUUUUUUUGAUGAACGAUUGGAUUAUAUUCCUCUUGAGUUGGUGCUGGGAUUUUUUUGUACAAAAGUGUUCAACCGGUGGACUACGCAAUAUGACAACAUAGGAUUCAUAGACAAGUGA